UAACAUAAUCCUACGACAGUGUCUGUCUUUAGAUCAUAGUUACAAUCUGUAUCGCAAUCUCGUGUUAUAACUAAAACGCGAUCACUAUCUAAAUUCGAUAAUGUUCAGUUAAAAGUUUCCGUUUUCAAACUCUCGUGUUAAUAACACGGGAAAUGUUGAAAUAUGUACUCGUCUAAAAGUCAAAAGAAAAACUUCUUUAUAAGAAAAAAUGUGAUCGUAUUGAUUACUUUUAUUGUUUUUAGUGGUAUAACUAUUUAUUAUGUUAACCUGAAAAAUAUGUCGAACACACAACCUUUUAUCAUGCACUUAGAAGCGGCUGAUAAUAAUAUAUCAUGCCAUUACGUGGAUGAGGGCGAUGCACUGCCGUCGGCUGAGGACGCAAGUUUUUCCCCGCGAGCUAACUCCAUAUUUUUUCACGAGACUUCAUGUCGUGGCGGGCUGGACUCUCGUCAAGCUUGUGCCGUCGAGUCAGCAGCAAGAGCUCACCCGAGAAGACAAGUCUAUGUGAUGUUCAGUGCACCAGUCAGCGACUUCGUCUACCAAAGGAGCUGCAUUGCAAAACUACGACUGUUGCCGAACGUGAAAUUCGCUAGGGUGCACAUUACUGACUACGCCAAAAAGACUCCUUUGGAAGCAAUGGUAGAGAGCGAGCCUUUCAAAGCGAGCAAGUGGCGGGUGGAACAUACUUCUGAUGUCCUUAGAUAUUUAACAUUGUACAAGUGGGGAGGGGUGUAUUUGGAUACAGAUAUGAUGGUUGUCAGAUCCCUGACGCCUCUGGGACACAAUUGGGCAGCAAAGGAAGACAGUGGCUUGGUGAAUGCUGCAGCUAUCGCUAUUUCUAUGGAUCACUUGGGAAGAAAACUCGCUGAUGCUAUUAUCAAUGAGGUUAAAACAACCUACAGACCAGAUAUCUGGAUUCAUAAUGGUCCCGGUGCCAUAACGAGAGUGCUCCAUAAACUCUGCGAUACUCCUAACUUAGCAGAUUGGUCAGCGAACACGUGUCAAGGUCUCGAAGUGUACGGCCCAGAAUAUUUCUAUCCGCUUCAUUAUUCAAGGAAGGAUGAAUAUUUCAAAACAGGAGAGUUGCAUAACGUUGACAAUGCCUACACUCAUCAUUUCUGGAACAAACUAACUUUUAAUAUGGAAAUAGAAAAAGAUUCGCCGUAUGCGAAGAUGGCUCAGGAGCAUUGUCCAACAAUAUACGAGAUGUACGGAGAAGAAUUUGGAUCGUAGGAAAUUUUAGUGUCCACCUUCAGUUUCAGAGAUAUUUUUUGUACCUACGUGCUUUUAUACGUGUUCAAUAAAACUCAAUAAAAACAU